AUGAAGAGUAAAAUUUUGAUUGUGCUGACUGUCCUGGUGGUCUUCAUAGCAGUGGCCCAGUCCUUGACCUGUAAGCAGUGCAGUGUGGGGCUCUUUGGGACAUGUUUCUUUCCCAAAAACAUGGUGUGUGACAACUCCACUCUCAACUGCUUCACCGGAGAAGCAAAAUUCAAUUCCACUGAGAUUCUGACACUCCACACCCGUGGUUGUCUGGACUCAGACCUGUGUGGCAAGACCAUCACUGCAACCAUCUUUAGUGCUGGUGUCACGAGCAGCUCCUCAUGCUGCCAGACAGACCUGUGUAACGGGGCCAGCUCCGUCCAGGUCUCUGUGACUGUGGCACUCAGCGCCGCCCUGAUGGCCUGGGGUGUUUAG